AUAGUAGUAGAUCUGGUUCAGAAAUUUUAGUAAAUAUAUUUCGGACAUUGUUACCCGUCCUUUGGCCUUCGGGGCAAAAUCAAAUCCUUUUCGGUGCCUUUUGCUUCGAGUCUGUGUGGAGACCGGAGCAAACCUCAUUCUGGAGGCGAAAGAUAUCCAUUAAGAUGCGCGUCCCUUCCUCUGCUUCUCUCUUUCCCCUGAUGGACCGCGGAGAGGAGAAAUUCAAAGGCGCCACCGCCACCUCCAUGGAAACCGUAACGGCGAUCACCACCGGCCUUCUCUCCUCCAAAAUCGCCACCCCCUCCGUCGCCCUGCCGCCGCCCUCCCCCCUCCUCUUCCUCCCUGGCGGUCGCUUCCUCCACCUCCUCCGCCGCUUCCUCCUCCUCUCCCUCCACGUACUCCUCUCCCUCCUCCUUCUCCCCCUCUCCCCCGCCGUCUCCCACCUAUAUUCCUCCUCCCCCGCCGCCGACGCCGCCACAGAAGGCACGAGCGCCCCCGCCCGCGCCCUCGCUCACGUCCUCUCCCUCGUCGCCCGCGUCCCCGUCGCCUCCCGCAAGUACGAUCUUGUCCGCUCCCUCGCCGAGCGGUUCCUCGACGACAACCUCCGCCUCGGCGCCGGCGCCGGCCUCGACGAGCUCAACCACGACGCCCUCUCCGCCGCCUUCCGCCGCACCCUCCGUCUCCUCGAGGCCGCCACUGCCGCCGCAGUCUCCGCAGCAUCCCCAGCGGAUCGGUCGCUGGACGUGAUAUUCGGGGCGGUCAAGUCCGGGAUGAGGCGGUUUGCCGAGGCAGCGUCGGUGCCGGAGGAGUGGGAGGUGGCGGGCGUCGGCAGGGCCGGGUCGGCGGAGAAGCUGGCGGCAGAGUCGCUGUGGCUGGCUCAGAAGAUGGCGCAGAGCGGGGCGGCAGCGGAGGCAGUGGCGCGGUGGGGGGCAGCGGCGAGGCUCGGCCGCCUCGCACUCUCCGCCGAGCCCCGGCUUCAGGUGGCCUUCGUCCGCGUCUCCGCAUUCUUAUUCAAGCAUGCCAAGUCUAAAGAAAUGGAAGAAUGGAAAGGAGAAGACGAAGAUGGAUCCGUAGCCAACUGUCAGAUGGCGAUGUUGACUUCAUGGCUGCCAUUGCUCUGCCACGCCAGCAAUGGCACAGACACUCCCAUAAUGAGCAGCGGGGAAAGAGCGGAGAUGGUGAUGGUGCUGGAGGAGAUGAUCAAGAAGUUAGGCUGGGAACAGCAGGAGGAAGUCAUGGCACUCUGGCUCCAUCACUUCAUGUCCUGCCCCGACUCCGACUGGCCAAAUCUGGAGUCAUGUUACAUCCGGUGGUACUCAGAAUCUAGGAAGCUUCUCCUGAAAUGAUGGAUAUUAUAUUAUUUUAUGUUCCAAUAGGACACACACAUUUUUUUCUCAUGGAGUCACUCCAGGAUUUCAAACUCACCCAUCUAUAUGGGAUGAUGGAGUUUAGCUUCUGUUAGAUGCCUCAAUAUUCCAGAAGCAUACUGCUCUACAAUCACAUAUACCAUUUAUUAUAUAAUGUAACAAAACCAUUUCUAUUUUUUAUGGGUCAAGUAGAUUUUUAUUCAUCUAGAGACUUAUUCGUUCUGGUGAGAUGACACCAAAAAACACCUGCUUAGCUGAACAUUUUUACAAAGACCUUUUCACUACUGUAUUUGAUCUGGGAUUCUGGAUACCG